UCUCUUUCUCUAUCUAUCUUUAACCGUCAUCUGUCUGUAUUAGAUGACAUACUCAAGAACCAUCUAGGAGUAUCAAACCCUCAUUUUUCUCUCUAUAUAUAUGUUGGGUGAUCUAUUUGUUGCCUACACUGAAGAUUAUUAAUUAAAGAAUUAAAAGAUUGUGUUUACAGAGCUUGACCUUACAGACAGUGUUCUUUGGAGGAUUGUUAAGUGCUGUACAGUCUAAAAUGGAACUUCAGAAAAUGUCAAACGGUCACCAUGAUCUCAGCCCUAGCAGAAUUCCAGAGAAUGGAUUUGAUGCCCUUGAAAACAUGACAGAUGGGGAUAACUUCCUCCCCAACAAAAGCAAUGGAAAGACAGAGACUCCGUUUACAGAUUUCGAGGGAAAGACUUCCUUCAGAAUGUCUAUUUUCAACCUCAGUAAUGCCAUUAUGGGCAGUGGAAUUCUGGGACUGGCUUACGCAAUGGCCAACACCGGAAUCAUCCUUUUUGUAAUCCUGUUGAUUCUCAUCGCUAUCCUCUCUGCCUACUCCAUUCACCUGCUUCUGAAGACUGCAGGCGUGGUUGGCAUCCGUGCAUAUGAACAGCUCGGGUACCGUGCAUUUGGUCCACCAGGGAAGAUCUUAGCAGCAUGCAUUAUAACACUGCACAACAUCGGAGCAAUGUCCAGUUACCUGUUUAUUGUGAAGAUCGAGUUACCUUCAGUUAUUCAGGGUCUUAUGAAACUGCCAGAUAACUCAACUUACUGGUUUGUUGAUGGGAAGUGUCUCAUCAUUAUUGUUAGUGUCGCCAUCAUUCUUCCUCUGGCUUUUAUGAAACGACUUGGGUAUCUGGGCUACACCAGUGGUUUCUCUCUCAGCUGCAUGGUCUUCUUCCUCAUAUCUGUUAUCUACAAGAAGUUUGUCACGGAGUGUUCUUUAGAUCACACCUAUAAUGAAACGGCUGUCACUGAAAACAUACACAACACUACCGACGACACAUGUGAAGCCAAAUUUAUAACUAUCAACCCACAGACGGCUUUUACCAUUCCCAUUAUGGCUUUUGCUUUUGUGUGCCACCCUGAAGUGUUGCCCAUUUACACAGAACUCAAAAAUCCUAAGAAGGAACGCAUGCAAAAAAUUGCUAAUAUCUCUAUCUUGGCCAUGUUUGUCAUGUAUCUGCUGACUGCCAUCUUUGGCUACCUCACCUUCUAUGGGAAUGUGAAGUCAGAGCUUCUGGAGAUGUACAGUAAAAAAGACACCCUGAUGCUGUGUGUUCGGCUGGCUGUGCUGAUAGCAGUGACGCUGACUGUUCCAGUGGUCCUCUUCCCGAUUCGUCGUGCCAUCUUGCAGCUUCUUUUCCCUGAUCAGCCUUUCCACUGGGUGCGUCACAUCUCCAUCGCUGUAUGCCUCCUCAUCUUAGUCAACCUGCUCGUCAUUUUCGUGCCCAACAUUCGUGACAUCUUCGGCUUCAUCGGUGCCACAUCUGCUCCCAGCCUCAUUUUCAUUCUUCCGGGAAUAUUCUACAUUUGCAUCGUCCCUAAAGAAAAGGAGCCGUUGAAAUCUCGGCCAAAAAUCCAGGCACUUGCGUUUGUGACACUGGGUUUCAUCUUCAUGAUUAUGAGUUUUACGUUCAUCAUAAUAGAGUGGGUGACCGGAAAGAAGGUGUCGGGUGGCCACUGAAAGAGCUACAAAUGGACUACAACAGUUAAAGACCAAAACACAAACUCCUGAACCUAAAACC